ACCUUGGGGGUUUAGGGGGCUGGGUCCUCUCGGCCCCGCGGUAGCAGCCCUGGGAGCCUCGCUUCGCUGUCGGUCCGCGACUGAGUGUGCGUGACCUCACUUUCCGCCCGCGCGCGUGUCUGUGCGUGCGUGUGUGUGUGUGUGUGUGUGUGUGUGUGAAGGCCGUGGGUCCGCGGGGGCGUGUGCUCGCGUGUGUGACCUCAGUCUCCGGUCUGUGCCCGCGAAGCUCGGGUCGCCCGUGUGGCUGGACGGCUGUGACGGGCUGCGGACGCCUCGGCGCUGCGCUUCCGGGCGGCCGGCGCCUUAGGGACCUCCGGCCCGCGUCCUGGUGGGUGUGUAUCUGCCCGAGUCCAGGCCCCAGCCCUUCUCUGUUGCUGUGUUGGGCAGUGCUUGUACCACCUGGUUCUCUGUGGCUCCACACGUGCCCCUAUUGUGACUGGCAGGCAAAUACCGGACAAAGCGGUCCUCGGGAACCUAGGGGCCUGUGGAGAGAAGAGGAAGCCCCUAUGGGUGUGCAGCCAUGGAGAUGAAGAGACAGGUCCAGGGAGGGAAGUACUUGGGGCCAAGGUCACAUACCAGCCGAGGAGCACGACAGGGGACAGGGCCCAGGGUUCCUGAUGCACCAGCCAGGCUUCUGUGUCAGUGUCCUGUGCCCCACCCUGCUUUAGAAGAUUUGAAGUCCUGACAGAGCCUCGUGGAGACCAGUCCUGGCAGGCGCUGAGGAUUUGAUGCUCUUAGAGCCUACAUGGAGCCCAGCACCUCAUGUCCGGCCGCCGCCCCCUUGGUGAAGAGACCGUUUCAUGUUCUCGUGGGCGUCACUGGGAGUGUUGCAGCCCUGAAGUUGCCUCUUCUGGUGUCUCGGCUUUUGGACAUUCCUGGCCUGGAAGUAGCAGUGGUCACAACUGAGAGAGCCAAACAUUUCUACAGCCCCCAGGACAUUCCCGCCACUCUCUACAGCGACGCUGAUGAAUGGGAGAUGUGGAAGUGCCGAUCUGACCCUGUUCUCCACAUUGACCUGCGGAGGUGGGCAGACCUCAUGCUGGUGGCUCCUCUUGAUGCCAACACCCUGGGGAAGGUGGCCAGUGGCAUAUGUGACAACUUGCUUACCUGCGUCAUCCGGGCCUGGGACUGCCGCAAGCCCCUGCUCUUCUGCCCAGCGAUGAACACUGUCAUGUGGGAGCAUCCCAUCACUGCGCAGCAAGUCGGCCAGCUCAAGGCCUUCGGCUAUGUUGAAAUACCUUGCGUUGCCAAGAAGUUGGUGUGUGGAGACCAAGGUCUAGGGGCCAUGGCCGAAGUGGGCACCAUUGUGGACAAAGUGAAAGAAGUCCUCUUCUGGCAUGGUGACUCUCAGGAGAGUUGAAGCUGGGAUCUCUGGCAUGUGUAUCCCUCUGUACUGAGUGUGUUUCCAGGCCAAUCUGUGAAGAAGGUGGACAUUGGCAAAAUACAGUGAAGACUUCUGUGAUUGCUGGGUAGGGGUUUGGCCUGGGCCUGCUCCAGAGCCUCCCCGGGGGCCUGACUUGCCUCAAGUUCAAUUAGACCAAAGGCCCAGGUCCCAACUUCUUUCCAACUAGAGAUGCCUGCUUUCCAGAACCCGCUCACCUUUCCCCAGGAUUGGCAUAGCAAGCUGCUGUAUGUCCCCGUGCUCUGGGAAGGUCGCAGAAACCUCGAUUCUCCCUUAUUUCCGGGAGCCACUUCAGCUCCAUGGGGGGCUGCCCAGGUGCCAUGCUUGCAGACUCAGGGAAGCCUGGAACUGGCAAGACGCCGAGAUUCUCCACAGGCCAUGCUGUGAGAUCAGGGGUACGUGGGAAUAGAGAAGAGUGACUUGUGGGAGACUGUCCUUCCUUUACCUCAGUUUGUAGUCUUGGAGAUCAGGGGCAUUGCUUGGUGUGGCUGGGGAAGGGUUGGGGCGGACAGCUGACCAGCAUAUCUUCGAGCUACUAUCAAAUGGUUGUUAAGGGCAGAGGGCUCCGAGGCAGGGGGACCCUAGUUCAAAUCCUAGCUCUGGGGACAACCAGGGGGCUCAGCAGUUAGGCGCCCGCUCUCAGCCCAGGGCGUGAUCCUGGAGUCCUGGGAUCGAGUCCCACAUCGGGCUCCCCGCAGGGAGCCUGCUUCUCCCUCUGCCUGUGUCUCUGCCUCUCUCUGUGUCUCUCAUGGAUAAAUAAAUAAAAUUAAAAAAAAAAAAAUCCUAGCUCUGUCACGUGCUAGCAGUGGGACCGUGGCUCAGGGCUCAGCCUUUCUCUCACUUUCCUCAUCUCAAUUAUCCUGCCUUCAUGGACUUGUUGAGAGGAUUAAAUGAGAUUAUGUGUGCAAGAUCUCUACCCCACUGCCUCUUACUUAGUAAAUGUCGAAUAAAGAGAAGUUAAAGCUAAGUGUGUAUUCACACCAGUGAGCUUUUCUAACAUUUACUUAAAUAGACCCUCUCAUUUUGGGAAAAAUAAAAUAACCAGCCCUUAGCUGUCGUGGCCUUUAUGCAAAUGAGAGGCAGAUAGCCAUUGGAACCUGCCCUGGAAUCCAGGCCUCUGGUUUCCCCAUGUCCUCAUCAGCUUUGUGCACCUGAGACUAGGACCUGGGUGUCUGUGCCUCUUCCUGAGCCCCACCCAACAGCACACAUGAAGGUGGGAAGUAAACUCUACAGAGAAACAGUUCUGCCCUAGAAAACCCCAUCACCCUGCCUUUGACUUAAUUGCAGUUUGGUGGCUGCGGGAGGGAGGGGCUUAUUCGCCUAUUUGGAGCUGAGGUUGGGGCUGGCUUGCUGCCUUCCAGGCCAGGGGUGAGUGAGCACUCCACGCAUGCCCUUGGACCACUGAGCGUAGCGGUUACCUUUGAAGGGCACCAGUAAGCCUGUUGACUGGGACCAAGUCUUCCCAAGAGCCUUUAUUUCUGCAGCACUUGACUUCAUCAAGUGCUUUGGGAUAAAGUUGCCUAAGGGCAAUAAAGAAAAUAUAACUAAAAUAGUAGCAUCACAGACCCAACCUCUCUGGCAGGUUUGAGGGUUGGAGCAUGAGGAGGGCCUGAAUGAUUAAAAUCCAGAGACAGUCCCAAAGUUCUAUUUAAGUGGUUUCCAAUGUCCCUCCCCAUGUCCACGUCUCCCUUUCUUUCCCUCAGCAGCCUGCUAAAGAGUAAUGAAACGCUCCAAUUUUAAGAAACUGCCACAUUUACUGAGUGCUUAUUGUAUGAAAGGCUUUGUGCUGGGCACUUUGGGGAGGACAACUACCCAGCAGAGCUGCUACACCAUGCCUGUUCUAGAAGGCCACAGGAGCAGAGAGGUUGAUAGGCUUCUACCUAAUACUUCUGCAGAUAGCUGUGGCUCCUCAGAGCAGGCCGGAGAUUUGUUGGCUGGAAGGAGAGAGGUCCCCAAGGCAAGGGCCAGCAGCGGGCUCCAUCCUUAGGCUCCCCCAGGCCAUCGCUGCAAUCCUUUAUCCCUGCUGCCUGUUUUGAAUGGGGGUGAGGGUUGGGCUGCUGCUGAAGAGCCCAGCUCUCCCCUGAAACCCUGAGGCUGGAGUUAAGAGGAGAGGGGAGUUAGUGUCAGGCUGCACUUACCUGGCCCCAACUGAAGAGGAGUGUUGAGGUGGAAGUGGGAGCCACAGCUUUCCCCACCAGGAGUCAAAGCUCUUAAAGUUGGCAGCAUCGAAGUUAGAAGUGUUUCUCAGAGAAUAUGGUAGUUUCUCUGACUUUUUAAAAAGAUUUUAUUUAUUUUUUCAUGAGAGACACACACACACAGAGGCAGAGACACAAGCAGAGGGAGAAGCAGGCUCCAUGCAGGGAGCCCAGUGCGGGACUCGAUCCCGGGACUCCAGGAUCGCGCCCUGGGCCAAAGGCAGGCGCCAAACCGCUGAGCCACCCAGGGAUCCCCCCAAGCUUCUUGUAUUAACAAAAAAAGGUGUGGGGGUGCAGGAGGGGGCAGUCUUGCUCAGAAAGGAGCUCCUUUCUGAGUAAAACACACGACCUAGGAGCCAUAAAAGCAAAGACUAAUAAAUUUGCUUACAGAAAAAUAAACAAAUCUGCCUAGCAAUAGCCCAAAGGCAAGGUCAAAAGGCAAACAAGUGGGAAAUUAUCUGCAGCUCACAUAACAAAGGACUAAUGCCUCCUAAUACAUAAAGAGCUAUUCAUUGACUAGAAAAGGACCAAGAGUACAAAAGAAAACUGAGCAGAGGAUAAGAAAUCAAGUCCACAUGUAUAUGUAUGCUCGAGUGUGUGCGCGUGUGCGCGCACACACACACAAACACCCCACAUGGCUCUUAAACAUAAAAAGCACUCAGCCACAUUCAUGGGGAGAGGGAUGCGAACCAAACUGCACUCAGCAGAGGUUUCUGUCUGUUAGAUUGGUGAGGGCGAGGGGACUGGCACCCGUUACUUUGCUAGUAGGACUGCAUACAACCUUGCUGGAGAACAAUUUGGAAAUAUCUAUCAAAAUUACAUUUUGAUAAAUUAUGUACUGGGGCCACCUGGGUGGCUCAGCAGUUGAGCAUCUGCCUUUGGCUCAGGGCAUGAUCCUGGGGUCCCGGGAUGAAGUCCCACAUCGGGCUCCCUGCAUGGGGCCGGCUUCUCCCUCUGCCUGUGUCUCUGCCUCUCUCUCUCUCUCUGUGUCUCUCAUGAAUAAAUAAAUGAAAUCUUUAAAAAACUUACAUAUGUACUUUACCCUUAGACCCAGCAAUUCUGCUUCCAGGGAUUCAUCCCACAGAUACACUCACACAUAUGACGUAUAUAGUCUGAAUAAGGCUAUUCAUCACAGCAUUGUAGGUGGCAGUAAAAGGCCAGGAGCACCCUCACUAACUAACUACCGGAGAUUGGUUGCAUCAGUUAGGGACUGGAACAUGUUGCAGCCACAAGAUGAGUGUGAGGAAGCCCUCUAGGUGCCGUCCAAGAUAUGCUGCUAAACAGAAAAUGCAAGCUGCAGAACAAAUGUCUAUUGCAUGCUAGUUGGUGUGCAAAAAAAGUGAGGGCUGAAAAGGAGGAUGUAUUCCUGUUGGCUUGUAGAUGCAUCAAACACCUAUUGAAAAAUAAACAAGAAACCAGUCCAUUGUUUGCCUCUUGGCAGCAGAACUAGGUGUGAUUGAGAAAGGUGGGAGGCCAGCUUCAUUUUAAGUUGUGAGGCAGAUGAGUAUAUUAUCUCCCACAAAGGCAGUAAAUACACACAUUUUAUUUUAUUAUUUUUUAAAGAUUUUCUUUAUUUAUUUGACAGAGAGUGAGAGAGCACAAGCAGGGGGAGCGGCAGGCAGAGGAAGAGGGGAAGCAGGCUCCCUGCUGAACAGAGAGCCCAACACGGGGCUUGAUCCCAGGACCCUGGAAUCAGGACCUGAGCUGAAGGCAGCUGCGUAACUCAAUGAGCCACACACAUUUUAUUUUAUUUUAAAUAUUUAUUUAUUCAUGAAAGACAGAGGCAGAGACACAGGCAGAGGGAGAAGCGGGCUCCAUGCAGGGAGCCCAACGCGGGACUCGAUCCCAGGACCCCGGAUCACACCCUGAGCUGGCUCAACCACUGAGCCCCCCAGGGAUCCCAAGCCACACACAUUUCAAAAUGGGUUAUUUCUGUCCUUUAUCCAGAAGUUCCUAAAAAUGACGGGGGCAUCUGGAGAUUUCCAUUGAGGCCUCUGGAGUAGAAAUGGGUCUGGUUUUCUUGUCAUGAGCUAAUUAAUAGAGGAGGAGAGCUUUUGAAUACCCCCGAGGGCUACUCAUAAGCCUUUGAGACGCCUGAUCUCAAGCAGCUGAUGGUCUACGGGAAGAUCCAAGGCCUUAAAACAAUCAAGUGACCAUGAGAAUCAAGCGUGAGACUGUGCUAGUCUAAGCUGCGUGGCUCCGAAUCGAGUAGUGUGGGUGGGCCUUUGGAGGCUGUAGAACCCGCGCCCAUGCUUUCUGGAGGACUGAAGAGUGGACACGGGGGGAAGCCCUGCGGCCGCGUACCUGGUGAAGGACACAUGCGUAGGAACCCGGGCUCCGUGUGCUGGGGAUGCCGGAGCUUCAGCAGGGAGCCCGGCGACUGUGCAGUGUGGUGUGGUGUGGAGGCUCGCUGGGUGGCUCGCGGGACACGUUGGAGGGUCAAGGAGGAAGCCAGAUGCUAAGCUGGGGAAGCAAGGCUGUGCCAGCCUGUGCUUCUGGAGGGGAAGGGGGUGCAAAAGUGAGUGAGGACGUGAAGAAAAUCCAGCAUGAUUAGAAAGUAGCAGAACCACUGCCCUGUGGCUAGAGGUCCCCCCUGGGGCUGGGGGACACUUAAUGGCAAGAUUUAUUAACAGCCCCUAGUGCCACCCACUAAAAAGAAUUUUGCUUUGCUUACCACAGUUUUUUCUCUCAGGAUUGUUUAGUCUGCCCUCACGGUUCCUGGGCAUUUUGUGGUGGGGAAUUAGGGAAAAAACAGACUGAGCUACAGAACUGGGGAGAUGGCAAGAAAGGGGAAGGGAGUCUUAGUUUUUAUAUUGUGUCUCCUUUGAGUGGCAAAUUCCGGUACUGGGUCAAGGGGGAGAAAUUAAAGCAAUGAGCCGAGAGCCGAUGAACUCUCCAGUAAGGGGCCGAGAGAGGCCUGAGUGGAGGGGGGCAGCUGAGCCAUGUGGGUGGCCAGGAGUUGGGGCUCCAUUUGGGACUUGGCUUAAGAGUCUUUGAGCUGCUGAGGGGGUACAAGGAGAUGGGGGUGGGGGCUAUGGGAGUUUUUAAGGAAUGUGGCUGACGAUUGUGAGUUGGACACACUUUAGGUUCUUCAGGAGGCCUCCCUCUUCAAUUCCUUGGCCAGCGUGUGCUUCUCUGAGUGAGACUGCGCAGGGUUCAGCCACCUGGAGCCCUGCUUCCCUUUGGGUCAUAUACACGUGGUGGGUGUCCUGCUGAGUUUCCUGGAUCUCCUUCUCCCCUCCUAACACCACAGCUGGGUGAUGGGGUCAGCUGGAUUUCAGACAGUGACAGUGAGGGUCACUGGCCAGUUCCUCGCCCUGCCCAGGGGCGCCUCUCCUCUGGCUGUUGCAGCAGAACCCGAGCUCCACCCUUAUUAGCACUUACCUCGCUGAGGUCCUUUGAGAUGCUCCCUCCACCACACACCACCACUACCACCAGAUACCUGUUUUGGUUUUUUUUAGUCCCAAUUUAGUAGCUGCCUCAUUACCUUUUUCCUCCCAUAGUUUCCUUCACACAUACAUUGUGGUUUCUAGGGCAGCACAGAAAUCUGAAAUGUCACGCAAAUGCCCCUGAACAAAGAGCCCUGGAAUCAGAUCCCAGUGACUGACAGCUUGUUUACACCAAGAGCUUCCUGGUGGAACCAAAUAUUCUACAAUAUUCAAGGCAGGUUUGGGACUACCUGGGGCAAGGCGAGGAGCAGGCCAGAACUGCCAGUUGUCUAAUAGCAAAGGAAUGUCAGGAGUGGGUGGGUGCGAGGGCAAGAGGCUCGGAGACUUGGGCUUUGGGGCCUGUGGAGGACAUGCUGCUAAUCCAGCUAUGAUCUGGGAGCAUGUUUUUCCCUGGUUGCAACAGGCUGGUCUCAUGGUGGCUUUAUCUACUGAAGUUUCGUGGUUACCCUUUGCCUGCUGACCCAGAUAGCAGGUCCCUGGGGGAAUUGGAGGCCCAACAAACUCCCUGUGGGUCUCCGGAUUCCUGGAAGAGCGGGGAGAGUUCAAAGGUGCCUUCACUCCGUGUGAGUGGGGGCUGAGGCUUCCCGGCUGGCCUGGCUACUCAGCAGUGCUUGAGGCCAGAAGGCAAGGCUGGGGCGCCCCGGAGCCUGCAGUGGAGCUCGGGGUGGGGGUGGAGGCCCUUUCUUGCUCUCAGGAAAGAGCACAGGUAGGCAGCUCACUUGUCGCCUGGAACUCCUAAAAGUCACCCCCUCGAGAGGGGAGCAGUUGAGCUCUGGAGCUCCACUCUUGGGAAACUGGCAUCAUGGGGAGCGGGCAUGCUUCUCUCCGGCACCUGGCAUGUGCUUUGCAUUCCUUAUCUCAUUUCUUCAUCUUCACCCGUCCUUCCGGAUAGGCAUUGCGAUCCCAUUAAAAUUAAGAACCCGAGGCUCAGAGAGAACUACAAGCCAAGACACGGCCCCUUAGAGGGUGCAGAAAUGGGUGCUGCUCUCAUGGGCUGGGCCUGAGCUGGGAACAGAAAGAGGCGCAGGUAAGCUAACCGAGUAUUUUGUCACCCCGAGUGAGCACCUCUGAGAGUAAAAAGGGGACAGUGAACACAUCAGGACAACAGGCAUCCACUGGGACUGACCCGGGUGAACCAGGAUGUGUGGUCGCCCUACCCCGUGAGCACUGCUCAGGGCUAACCGCCAGUGUUUAUAAUGCAAUCCUCAUGGCGAUCCCUGAGGUGGACAUUAGCCCCAUUUGGCAGAUGAGCAAACGGGGGCUUGACUUCCUCAAGAUCCCAUAGCUUUGAAGUCGGCUCCAAGCCCUGCUGCCUCUCAGGCCCCGAACCUUUGGAGGUGACCAGAGGAUGAGAGCAGCUGGAGAAGCAGCUAGAAAGCUCGAGUCUUCGAGUGUGCCAGGCUGUGUGGCAGGCCGUCCCUGCAGUCUCUGGGUAGCCUCUUCCAGGACUGGCAUGUGAGCAGUAGCUGAGGAAGGUGAGUGUGUGUGGUGGGGGGCUGGGCAGGGUGGAGGCCCCAAAGGCUUCUGUAGCAUUCCCUGAGCUUCCUGGGCCUCCAGGGAGGCAGUGGCCAAGGCAGGCAAUUUUGGGGGGGGAGAAAACAUCUUCACUGAGUUGGCCCAUUUCUAGGAUUGGUGAAUAGGAACACUGAGAGAUCUCAGGGCACCUUUCCCAGAGCCAGGACUGGCUCCCCCGGGGCUCCCGGGGAGACUGGUAGCCUGGGAUGCAGGCAUACGCUCGCUCGUUAUGGGCAGUGGGUAAGGUCAUGCAUAGGUGGAGGGUUUGUGAGCCUCCGGGUUAUUUCCUUCUGACCUUCACCAGCCAGGCUGGCCUUCCGGGGGGGUGGGGGGUGGUGGCAGAUAUGGAGGGCCCGGGCCAAAGGUCAGAUGGCCUUUGCAGGCCCCUUGACAUAUUGCAUCACAGGUGGAUGCGCAGCCUAGGCCGCCGGUCAUCCAGCCAGGCCGUCCGCACCACCUGUUAGCACCCAUGCCGGGGUGGGUUGCAGGCUGGCAGGGCUGGCAAAGGGAAGGAAGUCCUUUCCGUUGGGGAGGACCAGUCAGUCUGGGGCACUUCACACAAGUGCAAUGGCCUAAGGCCUCUGCAAGCCAAUGUUGUACAAUUGAAGGCUGAUCAUGUUUCUUCAUUCAUUAAAAAAAAAUGAAUAGACUUUUACUUUGUAGAGUAGCUUCAGGUUCACUGCAAAACUGUGUGGAAAGUAUAGUGAGUUCCCUGAUACCCGAACCCCAACACACGCACAGCCCCUUCCUAUUCAUUCAUCCUUCGAACUCUGUGUCCAGACACUGUCCUGGACCGAGGCCCAGCCCUCACCUCAAGGUACUUCCAGCUUAGUGAAGUAGAUGGAAGAGCAGAUAGGCCAGCCCGGGAGGGGCUCAGGGAUGGAGGUAAGUAAUCCUAGGGUGCCAGAGCGCAGGACAGCCCACUCCCUGCAGGGGCAGCCUGAGGAAGGAGGAGCUCUCCAGGAGGCUCUUUUGGGCUGAAUUCUAAGAGGGGGGAGGCAUUUAGCAAAGAGGUCAGGGAGGCCAGAGUGGGGGGCAGUGUGUGCAGAGGCCUGGGCCUGCUUUGCAUCUGAGCCGGGCUCUGGGUCCAGCUUUGAGGCUGGCUGUGGUAGGUGGAGGCAGGAGGACUCCCUUCCUGCAGAGCCUGAAGCUAAAGGGUUUAGUCCGAGAAGGAAGAGUCCAGGUGGGCCAGAGCCAGCAGGGGGGCUGACUGGCAUGGGGGGGCGGCGAAGGCCUUUGAAAGAGUCUGUGCAGGGGGGGGGGGCUCAGCAGCUGAGCGCCUCCCCUCAGCUCAGGUCGUGACCCCGGCGGCGUCCCAGAUUGAGUCCCGCAUCGGGCUCCCUGCGUGGAGCCUGCUUCUCCCUCUGCCUGUGUCUCUGCCUCUCUCUCUCUGUGUGUGUGUGUGUGUGUCUCUCAUGAAUAAAUAAAUAAAGUCUUAAAAAAAAUCUGUGAAAACUCA